GGAUGACUCAAAACUUUUUGGGAAACUGGCUGUGACAACUUGACAAGGAUAUUGUGAUGCGUUGCUCCAAGGUGACAUGCAUCAGUUUGACUAGAGAAGCCACAAUCAAGCUCUCCCCAAUGCAUGGCAAGCAAAUCUCCAUCCGCUACCUUGACAUGACUGACUGUUUUGUCUUGGAGGAUGAAGGACUCCACACAAUUGCUGCCCACUGUACGCAGCUCACUCACCUCUAUCUUCGCCGCUGUGUGCGCAUCACAGAUGAAGGCCUGCGCUAUUUGGUCAUCUAUUGCACCUCAGUGAAGGAACUAAGCGUUAGUGACUGCCGUUUCAUAAGUGACUUUGGCUUGCGGGAGAUUGCUAAAUUGGAGUCACGGCUGAGAUACCUCAGCAUUGCCCACUGCAGUCGUAUCACCGAUGUAGGUAUUCGGUAUAUAGCCAAAUACUGCAGCAAACUGCGAUACCUGAAUGCCAGGGGCUGUGAAGGCAUCACGGACCAUGGUCUUGAGUACCUUGCCAAAAACUGUGGUAAGCUCAAAUCUUUGGAUAUCGGCAAAUGCCCUCUGGUCUCUGAUGCUGGCCUGGAGUUCUUGGCCUUGAACUGCUUUAACCUAAAACGACUAAGUCUCAAAUCAUGUGAGAGCAUUACAGGCAGAGGUUUGCAGAUUGUAGCUGCCAACUGCUUCGAUCUACAGAUGUUGAACAUCCAGGACUGUGAUAUCACAGUGGAGGCUCUUCGCUUUGUGAAACGCCACUGUAAACGGUGUGUGAUUGAACACACUAAUCCAGCCUUUUUCUAACUGUAACAUCCCCCAUUUCAUAUUUACAGAGUCAUGAUUGUCUGCAAAAUGGGAUGAAGGCAUGGCACUAAUCAAGCAAACUAGGCUGUGGGAGCAUGGGGAACAUUCAAAUAAUCAAAGGGUAACAAUGGGAAUACUGCAAUCAUGUAUUUGUCUUUUUUAUUUUUAUUUGCCUGUCAUUCAUUCUGUACUUUUUUAUAGCAUUAAGGCAUUUGCCUCUUAACUUCCCUUGUGAUUUUUUUUUCUUCAUCUGCGUGCAUGGUACAUUAAUAAAAAUUAUCAGAAUUA